AUGGCGUUAGUUGGAGUGGAUUUCCAAGCUCCGCUUCGUGACAUCAAGCGGGUACAGUUUGGAAUUCUUGGACCGGAGGAAAUUGUAAGUUUUACAUGUUUCCUGGAUGAUUUUGACUCGAUUAUUUGUUUUUCAGAAACGAAUGUCUGUGGCGCACAUCGAGUUUCCUGAAAUUUACGAAAAUGGCAAGCCAAAAUUGGGUGGUCUGAUGGAUCCGAGACAAGGAGUUAUUGAUAGACGCGGGCGGUGUUUGACAUGCGCUGGAAACUUGUCGGAUUGUCCCGGACAUUUUGGACACUUGGAAUUGGCCAAACCCGUUUUCCAUAUCGGAUUUUUGACAAAAACGUUGAAAAUCUUGCGAUGCGUUUGCUUUUAUUGUGGACGAUUGUUGAUUGAUAAAACUGCGCCGAGGGUUAAGGAGAUUUUGAAGAAAACUCAAGGUAUUGCCUGGUUUCAGCCCUAAAUUUCUGAAAAUCCCGAUUCCCCCGCAAUUCCUCCAAUUUUCGGCCGAAAAAUCGAUUUUCCUGAUUUUCGACCCCUGAAAGAAUUGCAAAAUAAGAUUAGUUCGAGAUGCGUGUACUGUUUUUGAAACUAAUAGAAAAUGGUUCCUUUUCUCCUCGGAACAUGCAAAAAUCCAGGUUUCUACUGGAAAUUUGGAAUCUGGAAAUUUUUUAAGCCCAAAAAUGCUCCAGAAUCUUGGAAUUAUCAAUUUCAGAUGUUGUCCAAUCAGAAUUUCCAAAAUCCCUCGAUCUUCAUCAUUCUAGGCUUCUAGAUUCAUUUUUUCAGUCAAAAUCUCGCGUUUUUGAAUCUCUAAACUAAUGUUAAGCUAAAAACCUCUAGUUGGACCUCGACUAAAGAACAUUUUCAUGUUUUUUAGCAAGUGAGUUCAAAUAUUGGAUUUUAAUCGUAUUUAUAGGACAGAAAUGCCUAAGACAACCCGAAUGAUAUGAAUUUGCAUGACUUUACUUAAAGGGGGUAUACCCUAUUGUCUCUCGUGCAAAGUGUGAUACAUCAUUUGAUUCAGAAUUUUGUGUUAUAUAUGCACAAAAAAUUUUAGCUCUCAAAACGCAUUCUAAGUACACGUUUUUUGCGUCCAAACAGGACCAAAAUCUGCUCGAAAUGAAAAAAAGAACACACAAUAAAGAGAGACGCAGACUCUCGCUGUCUGUCAGCCAGCCAGCAUGUGUGUUGUUUUUUUUUUGAAUUUUGUGUUCAACAACUACAGUAAGUCUGAAUAUACUGUAAUAAACUUUAAAAAAUUUAAAAAAAGAAGAAAAAACUACACACAUUCUGGCUGGCUGGCAGACAGCGAGAGUCUGCGUCUCUCUUUCUUGUGUGUUCUUUUUUUAUUUCGAGCAGAUUUUGGUCCUGUUUGGACGCAAAAAACGUGUACUUAGAAUCCGUUUUGCGAGCUAAAAUUUUUUGUGCAUAUAAAACACAAAAUUCUGAAUCGAAUGAUGUAUCACACUUUGCACGAGAGACAAUAGGGUAUACCCCCUUUAACCCAUAAGUGAUUUAGCGGCUCUUAGUCGAUUUUUUGAAUAAAAGCCGCUAAAUGACUUAUGGGUUACUUAAAGUCAUAAAAAUUUAUAUAGACAUCCACGGAAUACGAUUAAAACCCAAUUUUUGAACUCACUUGUUAAAAAAACAUGAAAAUGUCCUCUAGUCGAUGUUCAACUAUAAUUUGGAGAGGUUUUUAGCUCAACAUUAGUUUAGAAAUUCAAAAACGCAGGAUUUUGACUGAAAAAAUGAAUCUAGAAGCUUAGAAUGAUGAAGAUCGAGGAAUUUUGGGAACUUUGAUUGGACAAAAUCUGAAAUUCAAGAUUCUGGAGCAUUUUUUGGGCUCCAAGAACCUCUAGAUUUGAAUUUUCCAGUCAAAACCCUGGAGAAAAGGAACCAAUUCCAAAUUGCUCAUAUUACUCGAAUUUCAAAUUUUGCAGGAAAUCCCCGUCGUCGAAUCACACUCAUCUACGAUUUAUGCAAAUCCAAAACCGUCUGCGAAGGUGGCACCGACAAAGACGAAAACGAAGAUCAACAAAUCGAUCCGGAUGAUCCACUAGGUGAAACCAAAAAAAUCGCCGGAGGUUGCGGAAGAUAUCAACCAUCCUACAGAAGAGUUGGAAUCGAUAUAAAUGCGGAAUGGAAGAAAAAUUUGAACGAGGAUACGCAAGAACGCAAGAUUAUUCUAACAGCUGAACGGGUUUUAGAAGUUUUCAAGCAAAUUACUGAUGAAGAUAUUCCAAUUAUUGGAAUGGAUGCGCAAUUUUCGAGACCGGAAUGGAUGAUUUGUACAGUUUUGCCAGUUCCACCUCUUGCAGUUCGCCCGGCUGUUGUAACUUUCGGAUCGGCAAAAAAUCAAGAUGAUUUAACUCACAAGUUAUCCGAUAUCAUUAAAACGAACCAGCAACUACAACGCAACGAGGCGAACGGUGCCGCUGCGCAUGUUUUAGCCGAUGACGUCAGAUUAUUGCAAUAUCAUGUGGCGACUUUGGUGGAUAAUUGUAUUCCGGGUUUACCGACGGCGACACAAAAAGGUGGAAGACCGCUGAAAUCGAUUAAGCAACGAUUGAAGGGAAAAGAGGGACGAAUUCGUGGAAAUUUGAUGGGAAAACGGGUGGAUUUUUCGGCGAGAACUGUUAUUACUGGUGAGUUUUUGUUGGAAAAAUUUUGAAUUUUCUCUUGGGAGAUGAGAAAUUUGUAAAAAUUGAUGAUUUUUCAAUAACUUAGUUCAAGAAAAAUUGAAUUUCAGUUCAAAAUGUUGAGAUUUUUGAACAAAAAUCGGAAACUUGAUUCUUCGCAGGAAAACUUGAAGUUUGGUAUCAAAAAUCUCAUUUUUGACCUCAGAAACCCGAAAUCUUGCAAUGUAGUGUGCAAAAAUCUGAUUUUUUGCUUAGGAAUUCGGAAUUUCGGAAAUUUAUAGAGUAAAUCUCUAUUAUGUUACCCAAAAUCUUCAAAAAUUCCAAAUUUUCCCCGCAAUUCCCUCAAUCCUGAUUUUUUGCUUAGGAAUUCGGAAUUUCGGAAAUUUAUAGAGUAAAUCUCUAUUAUGUUACCCAAAAUCUUCAAAAAUUCCAAAUUUUCCCCGCAAUUCCCUCAAUUUUCGGUCGAAAAAUCGAUUUUCCUGAUUUUCGACUUCUGAAAGGAUUGCAAAAUAAGAUUAGCUCGAGAUGCGUGUACUGUUUUCGAAACUAAUAGAAAAUGGUUCCUUUUCUCCUCGGGACAUGCAAAAAUCCAGGUUUUUGAAUGAAAAUAUGGGAUUUUUAGUGAUUUUUGAGCCUAGAAACAUGCUCCAGAAGCUAUAAAUCAAUUUUUGCAGCUGAUCCAAAUCUUCCAAUCGAUACAGUCGGAGUUCCACGAACAAUUGCACAAAAUCUGACAUUUCCCGAAAUUGUCACCCCAUUCAAUGUGGAUAAAUUGCAAGAAUUGGUAAAUCGAGGAGAUAAUCAAUAUCCGGGAGCCAAAUAUAUUAUUCGAGAAAAUGGAGCUCGUGUUGAUUUAAGAUAUCAUCCAAGAGCCGCCGAUUUGCAUUUACAACCGGGUUAUCGGGUUGAGAGACAUAUGAAGGAUGGAGAUAUUAUUGUGUUCAAUCGACAGCCAACACUUCACAAAAUGUCUAUGAUGGGACAUCGGGUUAAGGUAAGAUUUGGGGAAGUGAAAAUAUCCUAAAUUUAUCAACUAUAGAACUGUCAGGUUCAGAAUUUCAAUUGGAAAUUCAAUUUUUCGAGUGAAAAAAUUAUAUUUGGAAUUUUGAAAAGGUUUUGGUGAUAGAAAAUCGAAUUUUUGAACAUUUUUUGGUCCGGAAAGGUGGAAAAUUGAGUUUCUUAGCAGAAAAUGAUGAAAUUUUCGAUUUUUAAACACAAAAAUUCAUUAAUUUUUAUCAAAAAUGCUCAAAAUUAUGAUUUUUCUACUCAAAAAUCUAUAAUGAACCUGAAAAUCUCAUUGAAAGUAGAAUUUUUGCAUUUUCAGCUCAGAAAUUGAUUUUGAGCUCGAAAAAUCGAUUUUCAGGCUGAAAUUCAGGAAUUCUGGAAAAUAUAGUUCUACAUUUAAUAAUUUUAGGUUUUUAUCGAAAAAAAAUGCUCUAAAAUUCGAUUUUCUAUCAAAUUAUGAUUUUUCUACUCAAAAAUCUAUAAUGAACCUGAAAAUCUCAUUGAAAAAGCAGAAUUCUUGAUUUUUCUGCCCAGAGCUCGAAAAAUUGAAUUUCAGGGUGAAAUUUAGGAAUUCUGGAAAAUGUAGCUCUAAAUUCAAUUUUAUUUGAAAAAAAUCUCUAAAAUUCGAUUUUCCAUGAUUUUCUUACCCAAAAAUUGAUUUUGAGCUCGAAAAAUUUGAACCAGAAAGUCCUGUAGCUCAAAAUUUGAUGAAUUUAUGAUUCUUAUCGAAAAAAUGCUUCAAAAAUCCCGAUUUCCCCCGCAAUUCCUCCAAUUUUUGGCCGAAAAAUCGAUUUUCGUGAUUUUCGACCUCUGAAAGAAUUGCAAUAUAAGAUUAGCUCGAGAUGCGUGUACUGUUUUCGAAACUAAUAGAAAAUGGUUCCUUUUCUCCUCGGGACAUGCAAAAAUUCAGGUUUUUGAAUGGAAAUUUGGGAUUUUUGAGCCCAGAGGCCAUACAUAAAAUAGGUCCCCCGAGUCAGUUUUUAAAGUUAGGGUCCCUCCUUGAAAAUUUUCCAAAGUUAAACACCUGCCUCACAUUUUUGAGCGAAUUUUGGUAAAUUAUCAGCAGAAAAUUGGCCAAGUUAGGCACCCUUCCCUUCAGAUUUUUGAAAAAAAGUUAAGCCCCUCACCCCGAUUCAGGGGACCCAUUUUAUGUAUGCCAGAGGCUUGGAUUUAUGCUCAAAAUCCAAAAUGUUUAAUUUCAGAUUCUUCCAUGGUCGACUUUCCGAAUGAAUCUCUCUGUAACUUCUCCAUAUAACGCCGAUUUCGAUGGAGAUGAAAUGAAUUUGCAUUUACCGCAAUCGCUGGAAACUCGUGCUGAAAUUGAGGAAAUUGCAAUGGUUCCCAGACAAUUGAUCACACCGCAAGCCAAUAAACCAGUUAUGGGAAUUGUACAGGAUACAUUGUGUGCUGUUAGAAUGAUGACUAAAAGGGAUAUUUUUGUGGAUUGGGUGAGUGAUUUGAACCUGGAAAUGUUCUGAAAUUCAAAUUUUUACCUAAAAAUGUUGAAAAUUUGAUGAUUUUUAGUGUAAAAACUGAAAAAGUGUCAAAUUUUGACCUAGAAUUGUUGAAGUUUCGUGAUUUCCAUCCAAAAAAUUGCGAAAAAUGAAGGCUGGGCUGAAAUUCGAUGAUUUUUACUCAAAAAUUCAUUCAAGAGAGACCUGAAAUUCUCUAGAAAUUUGAAAAAUUCGAGAAUUUCUCGAAAAACUGGUAUUUCUGACCUAAAAUUAAGCUGAAAACCCAGAAUUUGUUGAUUUUCAUGUAAAAUUCCGAAAAAUUAAUGAAUCUUGGUGCUUAAAAAUCUUAAAUUUUCUCUAUAAACUGGGUUUUUUUUAUCUGAAAUUAAGCUGAAAAAUUGCAGAUUUUCACCUGAAAUUGCUUAAAAAUUUGAAAAAUUCAUGAUCCUUCAAAAUUUCCCCCAAUUUUGCAGUCUCGAAUGAUGGAUUUGCUCAUGUAUUUGCCAGUUUGGGAUGGAAAAGUACCCCAACCCGCAAUUCUCAAACCAAAACCACUUUGGACCGGAAAACAGAUUUUCUCCCUGAUCAUUCCCGGAAAUGUGAAUGUUCUCCGAACUCACAGUACACAUCCAGACGAUGAGGAUAAUGGACCGUAUAAGUGGAUUUCGCCGGGAGAUACGAAGGUAUGAGUGAUUUUUGGGCGAUUUUUGAGCGGGAGAAUCGAUUUUUGGGUGGUUUUUUACCCGGAAAGUCUUGUUUUUGUCCAAAAAUGCUGAAAUUCCAAUUUCUACGUUUCAAAAAUUUAUCAAAUUCAUUCAAAAUCUGAAUUCGACAGUUUUCAUUUCAAUCAUAGAUGAUAGUUAAAAAUUUGAAAUUUGUUAUGAAAUAUUUAUGAAUUUUCACUCAAAAAUCCUGAUUUUCAUGAAAAAUUGGUUGAAAUGAACAAAUUUAGCUCCAGAAUUUCUGAAAAUUCUAAAUUUAUCCCAAAUAUCUAGAUUUUUGAAAAACCUAAAAUACCAAAAUUCAUCCCUAAAUAAUUUUUUAAAUGAAAAAUUGUUUCGAACACUUGAAAUACUGAAAAUGUUGAAAGUCGCAUCGAAAUUUAGCAUUUUCAUGAUUUUUGAGCUUUGGAACUCGAAAGUUUGGAUUUUCCGUAAAAAAUGAGCCCGGAGGCUUGGAAAUUUGGAUUUCUGACUGGAAUUUAUGCUUCGAAUCUUGAAAACUCUGAUUUUAAAGGUUUUUUAAAUGAAAAAUUAACUGGAACACUUUAAAUUCCGAAAAUUGGGAUUUUUCUUGAAAUUCGCAACAAAAUUGAGAAUUUUCUUGAUUUUCGAGCUUUGGAACUUGAAAAUUUGGAUUUUUCAUGAAAAAUGAGCCCGGGAGCUUGAAAAUUUGAAUUUUUGACAGAAAUUAGAGCUGAAAAUUUCCAGGUUCUCAUCGAACACGGAGAACUAAUCUCUGGAAUUGUUUGCUCAAAAACAGUCGGAAAAUCAGCCGGUAAUCUCCUGCACGUUGUCGCCUUGGAACUUGGACACGAAGUCGCCUCGCAAUUCUAUUCGCACAUUCAAACUGUCAUCAACGCGUGGCUUUUGAGAGAAGGACAUACGAUUGGAAUUGGUGAUACGAUUGCUGAUCAUCAAACGUAUAUGGAUAUUCAGAAUACGAUUAAGAAGGCUAAACAGGAUGUGGUGGAUGUUAUUGAGAAGUGAGUCUUGGAAAUUUUGGAUUCAAAAAAUUUGGUGCAAAACUGACUUCUCCAUCCCGAAAUCUUAAAAAUUAAGAUUUUCUAUGAUGAAAAAUCGAUUUUUGACCUCUCAAAAAGGAAAAAUUUAUGUUUUUGGUUGAAAAACCUUGUUUUCUGCACUGUUUUUAAAUCCCGAAAAAUAUACGCUUCAAAAAAUUUGUAAAUAAAAAUGGUAAAUUUUUGAAACUAAUAUUUUAAAUGUUCUGUGCGAAAAUUAAAAAGAAUUUUUAGAAAAACUGAAAAAUUAGUGCAAAAUUUGAAGCAAGAAGCAUUUUUCCAGAGCUUGAUCAAAAUUAGUUUUCUGAAGUUUUUCAGUCAAAAAUGAUGGCAAAUCGAGAUUUUUGAAGCUUCAGAAGUGAUUUCUGAUGAAAACAAGCUUCGAGACCCCUAUUUUACCUCAUUUUAUUAAUUUUUUCGAAAUUCACACGAAAAAUCAGGAAAAACUUUUGAAAAGUGAAUUCCAAGGUCAAUUUUCAUCAGAAAUCACUCCAGAAGCUUCAAAAAUCUCGAUUUGUCAUCAUUUUUGACUGAAAAAACUUGGAAAACAAAAAAAUUUUGACCUACGUGAAUUGAUUUUCAAUGUUAAAAAAAUAUUUUAAAACAUUUUUUUCGUUCGUGAAUCAGCCCUAAAAAAUCCCAUUUUCCUCCAGAGCUCACAACGAUGAACUCGAGCCAACACCCGGAAACACACUUCGCCAGACUUUUGAAAAUCAAGUGAAUCAAAUUUUGAACGAUGCUCGUGAUCGAACUGGAAGUUCUGCACAAAAAAGUUUGUCCGAAUUCAACAAUUUCAAAUCGAUGGUCGUCUCGGGUUCCAAAGGAUCGAAGAUUAAUAUUUCGCAGGUGGGAGAUUUUUUGGGGGUUUUUCUAGUGAAAAUUUGGAUCCUGAAGCUUGAAAUUGAGGAUUUUUAUGAUUUUUGAGCUUUGGGACUUGAAAAUUUGAAUUUUUCGUGAAAAAUGAGCCACGGAGCUUGGAAAUUGUCAUUUUCAGUGAGAUUUGAGCUUUGGAACUUGAAAAUUUGAAUUUUCAACGGAAAUUGAAUGCUGAAGCUCAAAAUUGAGGAUUUUCAUGAUUUUUGAGCUUCGGAACUUGAAAAUUUGGAUUUUUUGUGAAAACUGAGCCCUGGAGCUUGAAAAUUCGAAUUUUAAACGAAACUUGAAUUCUGAAGCUUGUAAAAUCUUAUUUUUUGUGAAAAAUGAGCCCUGGAGCUUGAAAAUUUGAUUUUUCAACGAAAAUUGAAUGCUCGAGCUUGUAAAAUUGUCAUUUUCAGUGAAAUUUGAGCUGAAAAUUUCGUUUUUGUUGGAAAUUGGCCAAAAAUUAGCUUCCAAGCUUGAAAAAGCCAAUUUUGAAGGUUUUUUGGGUUCUUGUAUCGACCUAGCUGAAAUUUUCCAUGAAAUUUCAAUUUCUAGCUCAAAAAUCAAUAUAUUUUCUAGGUUAUCGCUUGUGUCGGUCAACAAAACGUCGAAGGAAAGCGAAUUCCAUUCGGAUUCCGUCAUCGAACACUUCCACAUUUCAUCAAAGACGAUUAUGGACCAGAAUCGAAGGGUUUUGUCGAAAAUUCGUAUUUAGCCGGUCUCACACCAUCCGAAUUCUUCUUCCACGCAAUGGGAGGAAGAGAAGGAUUAAUCGAUACGGCUGUAAAAACAGCUGAAACUGGUUAUAUUCAAAGAAGAUUGAUUAAAGCCAUGGAAAGUGUGAUGGUGAAUUAUGAUGGAACUGUCAGAAAUUCGUUGGCACAAAUGGUACAAUUGAGAUAUGGUGAAGAUGGUUUGGAUGGAAUGUGGGUUGAGAAUCAAAGUAUGCCGACGAUGAAACCGAAUAAUGCGGUGUUUGAGAGGGAUUUUAGAGUGAGUUGCUUUUUGGGGGUUUUCGGGCUUAAACUCGUGAAAUUCGCGAAAAAUUGACCUAGAAAGUGGAUUUUUAUGCUAAAAUUAGGAUUUUCAUGUUCCUGGAACGAAAACUGGACAUUUUGAGCUAAAAAUCAUGAAAAACUUGAAAUUUUUACCCAAGAAGUGAAAAAUAGAGCUAGAAAUCUUGAAAAUUCGUUUUCUUUAGCUAUAGGAUUUUUUGGAGCCAAAAAAUGUGGAAAAUUUUGAAUUUUCAUUCUGAAUGUGGAAUUUUUGUGGUCUUUGAACGGAAAAUCGACAUUUUGAGCUGGAAAUUAUGAAAAAUAUGGGAUUUUGAACCUAGAAGUAAAAAUUGAAAAUUCGGUAUUUUUUAAGCUAUAGGGAUUAUUGGAGCCAAAAAAUCUGGAGAAUUUUGAAAUUUUGUGAAAAAAUUAGGAUUUUCAUGGUCCUGGAACGAGAAAUCGAAGAAAUUUCAAGAUUUUGAGCUGAAAAUCGAUGAUUUUGUGAUUAGGAAAAUUCGAAAUUUUGACCUAAAAUUCGAUAAUUUUUAUGGUCCCAACACGAAAAAUACAGUAAUCCCUUUUCCAGACGGAUUUAACCGAUGAUCGAUUCCUCGAAAAUUCCUACACUGAAGAUGUGAUCCGUGAACUUCAAGAAUCCUCAGAAGCCAUCGAAAAAAUCGAAUCCGAAUGGGCUCAAUUAUCAGAAGAUCGUCGAUUGUUGCGAAAAAUCUUCCCAAAAGGCGACGCAAAAAUUGUACUUCCUUGUAAUCUCCAAAGACUCAUGUGGAAUGCUCAAAAGAUUUUCAAAGUUGACACCCGAAAACCUGUCAAUUUAUCACCUUUGCAUGUAAUUGAUGGAGUUCGCGAAUUGUCGAAAAAAUUGAUUAUUGUAUGUGGAAAUGAUGAUAUUUCGAAACAGGCACAAUACAAUGCGACACUUUUGAUGAAUAUCCUAUUACGAAGCACACUUUGCACUAAGAAAAUGUGCACGAGCUCGAAAUUGAACACGGAGGCUUUUGAUUGGUUGUUGGGUGAAAUUGAGUCGAGGUUUAUGCAGGCAAUUGCGCAACCCGGUGAAAUGGUUGGUGCAUUGGCUGCGCAGAGUUUGGGAGAACCGGCCACACAAAUGACGUUGAACACUUUCCAUUAUGCUGGAGUUUCAGCCAAGGUGAGUGUGAUUUUUGGGGGAGAAAACUGGGGAAAAAUAGGCGUGAGACUUGAAAAUUCGAGUUUUCCAUGAAAUUUGACCUCUGGAGCUUGAAAAUUGCAUUUUUGGGUGAAAAAAUAAGUCUGGAACAUUUGAAAUUGGGAUUUUUCUCGAAUUCCGAUUUCGGAAGCUGGAAAUUUUUUUUUUGAUCUCCGGAGUUGUUAAACUUGGAUCUUGGAACAUGUUUGACUUAAAUUACAGCCUUGCAACCUGAAAAUUAACAAUUUUCUCAUAAUUUUAUCUUGCAGAACGUAACCCUCGGAGUGCCUCGUCUCAAAGAAAUCAUCAACGUCUCAAAACAAUUGAAAACCCCAUCAUUGACUGUAUUUUUGACUGGAGCCGCUGCAAAAGACGCUGAAAAAGCCAAGGAUGUUUUGUGCAAAUUGGAGCAUACAACACUUAAAAAGGUGAGCAUUUUGACUCAAAAAUGCACAAUUUUCAUUUGAAAAUUCUGAAUUUUUUACGUUUCAAAAAUAGUGGAAAUUUUGAUCGGAAAAUUUUCAAAAUGAUUUACCUCCGUUACUGAUUUUUGUAUUAAAAAAAAGGGAAAAUUGCAAUUGGUUGCAAAAAUUAGACACGAAAAUUGAAUUUAAGUUAAAAAUCUGAAAUUUUUAGAUUUUGUCACUGAAAAUCACAAUUUUCAUGUGUUUUUGAAAAUCCUGGAUUUUUUACGUUUCAAAAAUAUUUGAAAUUUUGAUUGGAAAAUUUUAGAAUGGUAGAUAUUCCAUAAAUGUCGAAAAUAAAAAAAUUCAAUUUUUAGACACGAAAGUUGAAUUUAAGCUGAAAAUCUUGAAAUUUUUAAUUUUUUCACUGAAAAUGCACAAUUUUCAUGUGUUUUUUAAAAUCCUGGAUUUUUUAUGUUUCAGAAAUAUUUGAAAUUUUGAUUGGAAAAUUUUAGAAUUGAUUUCAUCAAGUGUUUUGAUUUUUUAGACCAGAAAAUAAGAAAAUUGAGAUUUAUGAUUAAAAAAUGUCGUAAAAUCGAAAAUAGCUUGAAAAAUCGAGCUCAGAGGACCUUUUUAUUCCUAGAAACUGAAAAUUUGAGGUUUUUGGCUGAAAAUUUCAAUUCUGGACCAUUUUUUAGCCUAGAACGCGCAAAUUGUUCAAAAAUUGGUUUUUUAGCUAAAAAUACCUGGAAAUUCGAGCUUACAACUGUCAGAAAAAUUUUGAAGAUAAUUUUCUAGGUAACCGCCAACACUGCAAUCUACUACGAUCCGGACCCGAAAAAUACAGUAAUCGGUGAAGACGAAGAAUGGGUUUCGAUUUUCUAUGAAAUGCCCGAUUUUGACACAACUCGAACAUCGCCAUGGUUGUUAAGAAUCGAAUUGGAUCGAAAACGAAUGACGGACAAAAAAUUGACGAUGGAAAUGAUUGCGGAUCGAAUUCAUUCGGGAUUCGGACAAGAUGUUCACACGAUUUAUACUGAUGAUAACGCUGAAAAACUUGUAUUCCGAUUGAGAAUUGCUGGAGAAGACAAGGCGGCUGAAGGACAAGAAGAACAAGUGGAUAAAAUGGAGGAUGAUGUGUUUUUGAGAUGUAUUGAAGCGAAUAUGUUGUCGGAUUUGACUUUGCAGGUGAGAGGGGAGGGUUUUGAGUGGAAAAUUCGAAUUCUGGAUGAUUUUUGAGCCCAGAAACUGGGAAAUCGAAGUUUUGGGCUGGAAAUAACUGAAAAAUUGAGUUCUGAAUAAUUUUUGAAUUUUGGAACCGAAAAAUAGCUUGAAAAUAUGAAUUCUGUAGGAUUUUCAGUCUAGAGCAUGAAAGUGAAGUUUUUUGGCUGAAAAUUCGAAUUCUCUACGAUUUUCAAGCCUAGCAACUUGAAAUUUGACGUUUUGGGCUGAAAAUUUCAGUUUUGGACAAUAGAACAUGAAACUUGCUCUAAAAUUGAAUUUUUCUGGAAUUUCCAGCUCAAAUUUCGAUUUUUAACGAUUUUUGAGCCUAGAAACUGAAAAAUUGGGUUUUCUUUUAUUUGGCUCAAAAAUAUGACAGAAAUUCGAAAUUUCAUGGAAUGUUCCCGCCUGAAGUUUUCAGAAUAGCUUGGAAAUCAAAUUUUUAGUCUGGCCUGAACUUGAAAAAUAGAUUCAAAGCGAUUUUUGAUCUAGAAAAUCAGAAAUUGAAAAAUAAAUGUUUUUUUUUCCAGGGAAUCCCAGCGAUUUCAAAAGUCUACAUGAAUCAACCAAAUACAGACGACAAAAAACGAAUUAUUAUCACAGAAGAAGGCGGUUUUAAAUCAAUAACUGAAUGGAUUUUGGAAACUGAUGGAACUGCUUUACUUCGAGUUCUUUCCGAACGACAAAUUGAUCCAGUUCGAACAUCAUCAAAUGAUAUUUGUGAAAUCUUCGAAGUUCUUGGAAUUGAAGCGGUUCGAAAAGCAAUCGAACGAGAAAUGCACAAUGUUAUCUCGUUUGAUGGAAGUUAUGUGAAUUAUCGACAUUUGGCUCUGUUAUGUGAUGUUAUGACGGCAAAAGGACAUUUGAUGGCAAUUACACGGCAUGGAAUUAAUCGACAAGAAGUUGGUGCAUUAAUGCGUUGCUCAUUUGAGGAGACUGUUGAUAUUUUGAUGGAAGCCGCUGUGCAUUCGGAAGUUGAUCCGGUUAAGGGUUAGUGGCACUUUUGAGCUGGGGUUUGGAUAAAAAAUGAGCUGAAAUUUGUGAUUUUUGGGCAAAUUUUAGCUGGAAAGCAUUUUUGGGGAAAAAUGAGCCAUAUUUUGUGAUUUUUGGUCAAUUUUGACCCUAGAAGCUUGUUUUUAAUCAGACAUGACCCAGGAAUUCUGAUUUCCAAUGAAAUAAAGCUAGAGGCUUGUUUUUGGCUGAAAAUUUGGGAUUUGAUGAGAAAAAUCAGAAAUUCAGGAUUUUUGGUGAAAAAUAAGGCGAAGUUCGAGAUUUUCAGUCAAAAUUCGAGCUCAGAAGUUCGCGCUGAAAAUUCCACGAUUUUUGACAUAAACAUACCAUGAAUUUUUGAUUUUGAAUAAAUAAGCUUUUUAAAAUGAAAAGUCACCAACAACUCGGCAGUUUUGAAAAUAAGAUCUGAAAUUUCUGAUUUUUUGAGAAAACUAGGCUGAAAAUCCGAGAAAAUUGAAGUUCUCCCCCAAAAUUCCAAUUUUUCCAGGAGUCUCCGAAAACAUCAUGUUGGGACAAUUGGCCAAAAACGGAACCGGUUGCUUCGAUUUGAUUUUGGACGCCGACAAAUGCAAAUUCGGAAUGGAAAUUCCGCAAAAUAUUGUGAUGGGCGGCGGAUUUUUCGGUGGAACCGGCGGAUUUGCGGCAAGUCCGAAUAGGUGAGCAUUUUUGCGGGGAUUUUGAGCCAAUUUCGGUGAAAAUUGAGCCGGGAUUACUGUUUCUUGGGGAAUCUGGGACUUUUGAGCUGUUUUUCAUGGAAAUUACUGUAUUCUGGGUCUUGAAGCGAACAACUACAGUAAUCCAUGAAAACUGUGUAAUUUUGUGUAAAAUUAGACACGAUUACUGUAAAAAUAGAUUUCCAGAGCGAAAACUACCGUAAUUUCUAAAUAACAGGGUUCUGGAGCACAAAAUAUACAGUAAUUUGUAAAAAAUUGGCCGGGAUUAAUUUAUUUGGGUCCUGGAGCGAAAAAUUACGGUAGAUUUCAAUAUUCUGAGUCUCAGAGAAAAAAUCUGGAAAUUUUGAGCUAUUUUUCAUGGGAAAUAGGCCGGGAUUACUGUAUUUGGGUCCCAUAGCGAAAAAUUACUGUAAUUCAAUUGAUUGAGACCUAGAAUUACUGUAGAUUUCAAUAUUUUAGUUCUUAGAGCAAAAAUCUGGAUAUUUUGAGUUAUUUUUCAUAGAAAUACUGUAUUUGGCUCCCAGAGCGAAAAACUACUGUAUUUCUUAUAAAUUUAAAAAUUCAAAUUAUCUAAUUUUUUUCCAGCCGCGAACUCUCACCCUCUCAUUCACCAUGGAAUUCCGGAGUCACACCAUCAUACGGUGGAGCCGCCUGGUCACCAGUUGGCGGUGGAAUGUCACCAUCUGCCGGAUUCUCGCCAGCCGGAAACAUUGGCGACGGCUCACAAUCACCAUUCAACGAUGGCGGUUGGUCGCCCGCCUCACCAGGAGAUCCGCUCGGAGCACUCUCGCCAAGAAGCCCCUAUGGUGCUGGAGGCGGCCUGUCACCGGCUGGAUAUUCACCAACAUCUCCGCAAUACUCAAUGACGUCACCGAGAUAUUCGCCAACCUCUCCGACAUAUUCGCCAACGUCGCCGGCUGCUGGACAAUCGCCGAUUUCGCCGAGCUACUCGCCGACAUCGCCCAGCUAUUCCCCGACUUCGCCGAGUUAUUCGCCAACUUCCCCGAGUUACUCGCCCACGUCACCCAGCUAUUCUCCAACGUCCCCGAGCUACUCGCCAACUUCGCCGAGCUACUCCCCGACCUCGCCGAGUUACUCGCCGACUUCGCCGAGCUAUACACCAGCCUCCCCGAGAUAUUCGCCAACCUCGCCGACAUAUUCGCCCACGUCACCAACCUACUCCCCAACGUCUCCCACAUAUUCCCCGACAUCUCCGACGUAUUCUCCAACCUCGCCAACCUACUCCCCAACGUCGCCGACCUACUCCCCAACCUCGCCGACGUAUUCCCCAACAUCACCCACAUAUUCGCCAAGUUCCCCGCAAUAUUCCCCAACCUCUCCCCAAUAUUCCCCGACAUCACCGCAAUAUUCACCGAGCUCUCCACAAUACACACCGACGUCGCCAAGAGGCGGUGGCACCUCGCCGCAAUAUUCGCCCACCUCCCCGCAAUAUUCGCCGACGUCUCCGAUGUACACGCCGAGUUCGCCGCAAUAUUCGCCGAGCUCGCCGCAAUACACGCCGAGUUCGCCGGCUGGAAUGGAGAGUGGACCGUCGUCGUCGACUGUGAGUUUGAUUUAUGGGAGGGCUUGUUUUAGGCUUUUUAUGAACCCUAGAGCAUUGUGAGCCUUCUAGUGUUAUUUCUAAUGUACGUCUUUUAGGGCUUCUGGACUGUCUUAAGGAUCUAUUUUAGGUCUUAGAAAGCUUAAAAUGGUCUUGAAAGCUUUUUCAGGCUUUAGGGGGGCUUUCAAGAUAAAUUUGAUGCGUUCGAGAGUUUUCAGGGGUCUAGAAUGUGUGUUUGGGCUUUUUGAGAAUCCGCAGGGCUUUUUCAGACCACAGUGGGCUUUUAGUGGGAUUUUUAGGCUUUAGAGAGCUUAAAAUGGUCUUGAAAGCUUUGCAAGACGUUAGGGAUUGAUUUCAGGCUUUAGGGGACUUUUUGAGGGUUUUCAAGGUCCGGAGGGCUUUUUUCAGGCUCUUUGGACUUUUCGGGCUCAGAAAUUCUCAAAAAAAAUUUCAAUUUUUGAAUUUGUUUUUUCCCCCAGAAGUUUAUCUAAAGUUUGCCACGUCAUAACCCCGCAUUUUGAGGUUGAUUUCAGGGCUUUUUUAUGCUUUCAAGGAAUUUUACUCUGAUCUGAGCAUACGGAGGCUUUUAGGACGAUUCUAAGCUUUCUGGCCGAAAAAUAAAAACUAAUCUGAAAUUUUCGAAAAAUUAAAAAUUUCAGCUGGAAAAAUAGUCAUAAAUUCAAUUUCUGCAAACUUUUCAAAUCCCAAAAUAAGUCGAUAAAUGUUUAUUUUUGCAGUAUUCUCCAACAUCUCCACAAUAUUCGCCGACUUCACCACAAUAUUCGCCAUCAUCUCCAACCUAUUCGCCAAGUUCGCCAACAUAUGAUCCGAAUAACUAA